AUGUUCUUCGUGCUCAUGGCCAUCGGUGCGCCGCUCAUACAGACCCUUCUCGACCACGCUCCCUCCACAUCGCCCUUGUUCCUCUUGCUCGCCCUUCUGGACCUCCUCGCAACGGUAGCUAUCGUCUUCUACCAUGUGCAGAAGUCACCAGAGAUCACCGCCUUCGGCAUACUCUGGACGGAGUCGGUCCGCCUGUACGAAGUUCUGCUUUGCUUGCUUGCUUGCUAUGCGGAGUUCAACCUCUUCUUGGCCGAGGAGGGGGCUCCGGACAUAUUCGCGUUGCUGACCUUGAUCAACGUAAUCCUGUUCAUCGUGUUCUUCGGGGUUUGUUGCGAACUGCGACGGGUGCUGGAGUACGAUUUUGCCCAUGUGAAGCCAGAAAGCGGAUCAGGCCUGGGACAAUCGCGAGUACCAACAUCCAGAAUGGCGACCGAUCCACCGACAGGCAUCAACGACGCUAUUGCAGAGAAGGAUGCGGAGAUCGUGCGAUUGAAGAAAGAUCAUCGAGCUGCGAUGACGCAGGCGGGAAUCGCACAUGCUAACAGCAUAACGAUCUUGGAGCAGCAGAUUGAGAAUCAAAAUACGGAGCUCAGGACUUUGGAAGAGAAGGCCAGAACGACCAUGGAAUCCGAACGCCCUUCAGCGACCGACUUGCUGGAAAACGCCUUCAAGAUGAAGAACGGAGAAAUUGCACAGCUGAAGCGAGAUCAUCAAGCCGCGCUGGCCCAGGCCCGGGUCGAUGGCGACAAGAAGGUCUGUCGUCAUCCGCUAUUCAAGGAGGCGAUGGCCACUUUGAAAGCGGGUUCGGAAGCGAGAACGGAAGCGUCGAACUUGCUGGCGAUAUCGUCGGACACCAUCAAGAAGCUACUAGCCGAGAGAGCGGCCCUUCUGAAAUCGAGCGUGACCUCGAGACAAAAAGACAAGGAGAACGUGGACAGUAGCUACAACGCAGGCGGUGAUCUAGCAACCCUUCGCCCGGAAGCAGCCUCCACGACCGACGACACUGCUGGUCUUGAGUUCAAGGGAAAAGUCACUGCGAUCAUGGAGUCUGGAUGCUCGGUGCCGGAACAUCGACAUCUUGCACCGGAUUUGGGCACGGAGACGCCGACCGGUGAGGACAUCAACAGCAACAAGGAGCUCUGUGGUGUUUCUGAACACAAGAGGCUUUGUCGUGAUCCAGGACACAAUCAGAUGAAGGCCGAUCUGAUAGAGGCUGCAGGCUUUAUUGAUUAUGUGGCACACGCUCUCGAGAGCAAUGAUGUGGAAAAAAUGGCCACUCUGAAAUCGAGCGUGGCCUCGAGACAAAGAAACAAGGAGAAUGUGGAUAAUGGUCACAACGCCGGCAGCGGUCCAGCAACCCUUCGCACGGGAGCGUCUUCCACUAUCGAUGACACUGCCGGCCUUGAGUUCAAGGACCUGGCCAAGCUGCAGGUCAACCAUUCUCUUCAAAUAAUCGACGGGAGCGUGACCAUUGAAGAGAACCAGCUGAAUGACGAAGGCGACGGGGGAGAAUUGCGUCUGAGCUUUGUUUCGGGCGGAGCGCAAAGGAGCAAGUCUGGCUAG